AUGCGUCGUGAAUUAUGCUUUAAAAUAUUUUUUGUUUUUCUAUUAUUUAUUCAAAACUCUCAUCAAGUUAAGAAACAAAAAACGCAUUUGAUAACGGAUAUAAAGGAAUUUAAGGAAUUCAAGAAGCUUCUUAGGACCAAAACAAAUGUCUUGGUACUAUUUUUGAAUGCACCCAAGUCAUCAAAGUCAAUAUCAGAGAUAUUUAGGGAUACUGCUGAUGCCAUGAAAGGACGUGCAACUGUUGUCUCAAUUAAUUGUAGUAACAGUGAAAGCAAGAAGCUUUGCAAGAAGUUAAAAGUCAAUCCAGAAAAAGCAUACCACAUCAAACAUUACAAGGAUGGUGAAUACCAUAAAGAUUAUGACAGAAGUGAGACUGUAUCAGCAUUAUCGAAUUUCCUACGUGAUCCCACAGGCGAUUUGCCAUGGGAAGAAGAUCCAACAGUGAAAGACAUAUACCAUCUCCAAGAUGGGGAGGCAUUAACGAAGUUUCUUAGAAAAAUUGCUGCAAACAAAAAGUCCUUGAUUAUGUUCUAUGCGCCAUGGUGUGGAUAUUGUAAGCUCCUGAAGCCUGAGUAUGUGGCGGCGGCUGGUGAAUUAAAGGGCGAAGCACUUUUGGCUGCUAUUGAUCUUGCUAAACCGGGAAAUUCUAAAUUGAGGCAGGAGUAUAACAUAACUGGAUUUCCAACACUUCUAUAUUAUGAUAAGGGUCAAUAUCGUUUCCCCUACAACGGGAUCAACAAGCGGCAGGCGAUCGUAGACUUCAUGAGGGAUCCAGAUGCUCAUAUGGUACAGAAGGAGACAGUUGACGAAAGCUGGUCCAAUGAUUCCGAAGUGUUGUACUUGACAGAGAGUACGUUCGACGACGUACUUUCGAAGGCGGAACACGCGCUAGUCGUCUUCUACGCGCCCUGGUGCGGCCACUGCAAGAACAUAAAGCCCCAACUCGAGAAAGCCGCCGCGAGAAUCAAGAGCGAAAAGGUCAACGGGAUACUCGCCGCGGUGGACGCCACCAGGGAGCGCGAGCUGGCGGCGCUUUUCGGCGUGAAGGGCUACCCCACCCUGAAGUACUUCCGCUUCGGGAAGUACGAGUACGACGCCGGCCACGCCCGCCAGGAGGACCAGAUCGUCCAGUUCCUGAAGGACCCGCGCGAGCCUCCGCCGCCGCCCCCGCCGGAGAGCUCCUGGUCCGAGGAGGAGUCCGUGGUUCGACACCUGACCACUUCCAACUUCAAGAGCACCCUGAGGAAGAUCAAGCACGCCCUCGUCAUGUUUUAUGCUCCAUGGUGCGGCCACUGCAAGAACGCCAAGCCGGAGUUCACCAUGGCCGCGGAGCACUUCUCCGACGAGCUGAGCGUCCUGUUCGGCGCGGUCGACUGCACCAGCGAGGCGCAGCUCUGCCAAAACUACGAGGUGGCGGGCUACCCCACGUUCAAGUACAUCAGCCACUACGACAGGGAGCUGAUGAGCUACGAAGGCGGACGCAAGGAAGCGGAUUUCAUCGCGUACAUAAACGGGCAGCGGGGCGUUCACGACGCGCCAAAGAGGCGCCUCCCCACCAACCAGGAGGCCGGAUUCGGGACCAACGUGCAGCUCGCCACCGACGACUUCUUCGAAACGAUAAUCGCUGCACCGAUGCCCACCUUCGUCAUGUUCUACGCCACCUGGUGCGGCCACUGCUCCGAGGCGAAGCCGGCGUUCAGCCGCCUCGCCACUCGUAUGUUGGAGGAGGGGGGGCGCGUCAAGGUUGUCGCCGUGGAGGCGUCCGAUAACCCCAAGGCGGCGGACUUCGCCCAGGUGCAGACGCUGCCCACGUUCAAGAUGUACGUGGCCGGCGCCCACGUGGCGGACUACCAGGGCGACAGGAGCCUGGAGGACAUGCUGCGCUUCUGCAUGCACCACUUGACCAGGAGGGACGAACUG